GAGCGGGACGGGGGCGAAGGGCCGGAGCCGGCUGUGCCAUGGCCCGACAGCUCAUCGGCCCCGCGCUGCCGCCUGGCUUCCCGAGCCGCGCCGAGGCGGACCCGGGCGAGGACUUCAGCCAGGUUGCAGGACCAGCACUGCCUCCAGGCUACAAAAGCAGCUGUAGCUCAGAAACUCCUGACAGUGAAGAUGACUUGGAAUCUCUUCCUCUACCCAGAAAUGCAAACAGAGAUUCUGAAGAGGAGACAGGAGAUCCAGCAUCCAAAAAGCCAAAAAGAAUUCUUGAAGACGAUGAUGAUGAUGGCUUUUUUGGGCCUGCUCUUCCUCCUGGAUUUAAAAAACAGGAUGAUUCUCCAGAGAGGCCCAUCAUAGGUCCUGCAUUACCACCUGGCUUUAAGAGACCUUCAGAGGACACCAGGAGUAGCAAAUGUUUCAUAGGACCAUCUGUUUCAUCAGAACUCAGUCCUCAGGUAACAGAUAGUAGCGAGGAAGAAGACAAUCUUAUAGGCCCAAUGCCUGCAAAAGGACCGGUGGAGUCUGAUGUGACUGAAGAGUUUGAACGCAGAGCUCAGAGAAUGAAAGAAAAACUUACUUCAGCAGACAGCAAUGAACCUAAGCAAGUUACCAGGGAAUCAUGGAUGACAGAGCUUCCACCUGAGUUGAAAAGUUUUGGAUUUGGCCCAAGAACAUUCAAGAGACGAGCUGAUGACACAUCAGGCGAUAGAUCUAUUUGGACAGAUACUCCAGCUGACAGAGAGAGAAAAGCCAAGGAAAGAGAAGAGGCAAAAAAGUCAACCAGUAAGGAUAAGGAAGAAAUAGUUUUAUCUGGGAGGGACAAGAGACUCAUUGAGCAAGUGACUUCAUACAAUGAGUCAAAGAGGUCAGAAUCUCUCAUGGACAUACAUCAGAAAAAGCUGAAGAGCAAAGCUUCUGAAGAAAAGACCAAACCUCAAGAAAGAAGGCCAUUUGACCGAGACCAGGAUCUCAAAGUCAAUCGAUUUGAUGAAGCACAGAAGAAAGCUCUUAUAAGAAAAUCCAGAGAUCUGAAUAGUAAAUUUGAGCACAGUAAAGGCAAUAUGUUUUUAUAAGAUAAAAGCUUUUUUGAAGUCAAUUAAACUUUGCAUACUUAAUUUUUGUAAGUAUUUUUCUGUAAAUAUUUGUAUGCAAAAUAAAUAUCCUGAUGUUUAACUAUUUUUCCUUGUCUGUAAAUAUGCUGUUAGGGAGGAUGACCUGUACUAAAACUAACCUAGUAAAGGAAAGUCUUGGUAUAGAAAAAGAUAAUGUAAAUUUGCUACUUUAAAACUUCGAUAUGUAUAUUUUUUUGUUGUUAGUAUAUACAUAAUUAAUUAAAAUAGGUGUUAUUUUAAGGAGUGCUAGAUUUGAUCUUGAAAUGCAAUUGGCAGUUUUGCCUUUUCUCCUUCCGCACUUAAGAUAUUCUUGUUGAGCCUGACCUGGAGGCCAUGGAAAAAUCCCCCUUAGGCUUGUGGGCAGAACAUUGCUUGCCUGGAGUUCCUGCUGGGGAGUAUAAACUCAAAUGGCAGCUUUUACAUCUACCCAGUGUUUUUAUUUAUGUGAACGUCUGUCUGUACAUAAAUACAGGUUUAUAUAUACAGUAUAGUUUCUGUACUAUAUCAGGAAGAGCUAGUGGUAGCAGAAGUAGUAAAACCUUGAGGUUUUCAGAUUUAGUUGUAAAAUAGUAUAUGAGAAGACAAAAUCUAAUUUGAGUUCCAAUUUUUAAGGCUUGUCAGCAGAAAUCCAUCUUUUUUUAAGCAAAUGCAACAGGAAAAUCAAAAUUAAGCUGAUUUUUUCAGUUAAUUUGCAGAGCAGAACAGCUCUUCUGUAUCAAAAAGGAAAUAAAUCUGACAUUUAAAAAAGCUUACAUUCAUGCUUAGAGUUCUUUACCUCUUCUCUGUGUGAGCAGCGGAAAGGGUUGCUAAACAUUGGAACAGGGCUGCCCAGGGAAGUUGUGGAGUCAGUACCCUGGAGGUGUUCAAGAAAUGACUGGACAUGGCACUUAGUGCCAUGCUUUAGUUGACAUCAUCAAUCUAAGGUUGGACUUGAUGAUCUCAGAGGUCUUUUCCAACCCAAUUGAUUUUGUGAUUCUGUGUUACUCAAAAUUAGACUUGUACUUUCACCCUUUUUGAUUCGAACAAUGCUUGGGGUCCUUUUUAAGGAGUUACUGAAAGUAUUGAUAUGUGGAAAUAAUUUUAUAUAUGAGAUGCUGGUAACUUGUUUGGAAGUAUUGAAUACUGUGGGGUUUGCUGUAAUUUAAAAAAAGGCUGCCCUGAUAGAUGGUGCCUGGGUUGGUUCACAUUAAUGGAGCAGUGGCCUAACAAUCCCCUGAAAAGAAUGGCUAAAAACUUGGUCUUAUUUUAUUGCACAUGGGCCUGAGCCCAAGCCACAGGCUCUAUGGGCUGAGAAGUCUUGGAGAGUUUCCAGUGUUGCAAAUGAAUGCUUACAUAGAAUGUAUUUAGAUACUGCUUUUUCUUUUUUAAUAGACAAUUUAUUUUGCCUCUGAAAAAUCUGCUACCUUCAGGAGGAAGAGAGACUAAUUUCGUAUUGUAUCUGCUUUUUCUUUAAUCCAUUUUCGGUUUUUGAGCCUUUUGUUCUGAGGUGAGAGGAGGGUUUAAACAAGGGCUAUUUAUUUUUCCUCUCCUAAUACAGACUUCUCUUAGUGCCUCUUACUUUUUUAACUCAGCCAGCAAGACCUCAUUAGAUUUCUACUUUCUGAGCAAAUAUAGAUUUCUUAAUUGGAAAAGCAGUAUUAGAAAUGUUUGGGGUUUUCUCAGGAACUGAAGUGAUGACAGGGUAAGCAUGAUGUGACUAGCUAAAUCUUCACAGUUGACAGAAGAUUAUUUCAUGAGCACGUUGUGCAAUCCUCACUUAGACAAGUCUGGAGCAGGGAUGAGGGCUGCUUGUAUGAAGAUUUUGUUGUUGUUAUGUGCUUUGUUUUCAUUUUUGUUCCUUGGUUCCUCCUCCUCCAAACUGAGGAUCGGUCAUCAGAUGUCACAGGUGGCUAGACCUUGCCAUCCAACUGGCUUCCUGCUGUUUGCUCUCUGCCCUCCCCAGCUCCAUUACGGUCUCCAGGGAUAUGUUUGAGUGGAGGCUCUGCAAUGUUGCUCAAGAGGAGAGCUCUUGUAAGAGGAGUGCAGGCAGGCCCUUUGCAGUCCUACAUUAUACCUCUUGUAUGUGGGACGUGUGGUUCUAAUUAAUGAAGCCUUGAUGAGAACUGGAAACUUGUUUUCAGUCAUCUGCUGAAUCUUUUCUUCCCCGCUCUCAGGCAGCCUCUCAAAGACUUGAUGAAAUCCAUGUUACAAACUUGGGAGAAAGUGGAAUUGUUGAGAGCUCAAGUUAAGCUUUUCAUUACUUUGUGUAAAUUGAGUGAACCUUUGAAUUGCCUUAAUACACAGACUCAUCUCCUCUUACCCAUGUGAAGCCAUUCCCUCAAAUAGCCAUUAGAACAAGCAGUAACUCAGUAAAUUACAAGCUUUAUAAGCUUUUGUGGGAAAAGAUGAGGCGUCCUCUACAAUUUGGACAAGUUGUAAAGCAUUUCGGCAGAAAUUUUAGGGGGUGAUUUUUCAGAAUCUCAUUUGAAAAACCAGAAUCUAUUUCAUAGAAAAUCCUCUCCAUAAUUACUAUGUAACAUCUCUGGUAACCAGCUCCCAACACAGAUUUAAUAUAUGCUAUUACUAUUCUGCAGUGUCAGCCUGUGUCUCAGCAUAUUGACUCCAGGCAUAUCAGGAAACCUUGUUUUGUAAAAACAAUGGCAGGGAGAUGUGAAGAGUCUACCAGCCUAGAUUUUAAAGUGCUUGCCUUUGGUUUGUGCUACCAUAGACAUCCUUUUUAAUACUGAUGUUGAAAAUUUCUGCUCAAGAGUAGGAUCCCCCUCCUUCUGAAAUGUUAAUAGGUGUGUAAUUCAUAGUGUGGUCAAUAAAAAGAAGGCUUUUGUGGAAGGCAUAUGAUAAAUUGGAAGCUUAAAAGUAAUUUUAAGGAACAUUAUCUGUUAAUAACAAAAAAGGAAGAAAAGAAAGAAAACCAACCCUUGUUGAGUCUGCUGUUACCAAGGAACAAUUAAAAGCAAUAAAGGCAUUUCAAGAAAAUUUACUGACUUCUUUACAUCUACCAUGAUGUUUGAGCUGGAAAAUUUUGUUAGAAUAUGAUAUAGUAAUACCUGAGUAAAAUCCCUAUCUCUGCUCUUUUGAUGUAAACACCUAUUUGUGGAGACUUAUUUUUUGCUUCUGCUGUUGGUGUUGCUGGAUGCCCUGUGCAUGCUGGCUUUUCUGGAUGACCUGCAUUUCCUAAAUAAUAAACAGCAAUAACAAUGCAUUUUAUUGAUGGCUGUGAUGGCAUCAUGUUGUUGGCAGCAAAGUGGCAUUGGUAAAAUUGCUUUCUUCUAGAAACAUUGAGAUGAAACAUUGAUAUGUUUCUGUCCACAAGGAAAGGGGGUUUUAUGAAUAAAAGAAGUUUUUAAAUGCUCUAGAGGACUCCAAGAGUUCAGAGCUAAUUGAGCCUGGGGACUUGUUUUGUUUCUGAAAUGAAAACCUAUUGUUAUUUUUGUCCAGCCAAUUAUGAAUCAUAUGUUUAUUUAAGAGUAAUAUAGCAUUAAAAAUCAGAAUCUGUGAACAUGCAUCCUUAACUUCUGCCACCCUACCUGCAUACAGUGCAUAUAGUUGCUAAUUGUGUGAUUACCUAAUUCUCAAAUAAAACACAUGCAUGUGAUUUUCUGUCCUUA